GGAAGUGAUAGGAACGGGGCGGAUUUAGGAGCAGAUGGUAGCAAAAAAGAGUCAAUAACUUGUUAAUGUAGCUGGUAGUUGCAACACUUCAUGACAGUUUGGCCUUACUUGUAGCUCUGCAGGUACACAGCAGUGUAACAAUUCGCAGCUAACAGCAAUGGACGAAGUGACAGGAGCUCAGCUGAUUGCUGAGGCUCUAAAGAAUCAGAAAGUGGAGUACAUGUUUGGGAUAGUUGGUGUUCCUGUCAUUGAAGUGGCCAUGGCUGCUCAGGCUGCAGGGAUCAGAUAUGUGGGAAUGCGCAAUGAGCAAGCGGCAUGCUAUGCAGCAUCUGCCGUUGGAUACCUCACUGGGAGACCAGGUGCCUGCCUGGUGGUGUCUGGACCUGGACUCAUUCAUGCUCUGGGUGGAAUGGCCAACGCUAACAUGAACUGCUGGCCGGUGGUUGUUAUCGGAGGGUCCUCGGAUCAAAACCAGGAAACAGCAGGAGCCUUUCAGGAGUUUCCUCAGGUGGAAGCAUGUCGCCUUUAUAGCAAGUUCUCUGCUAGACCCAGCAGUCUGGAAGUCAUCCCUUCAGUGAUAGAGAAGGCAGUUCGCACAAGUAUCUAUGGGCGUCCAGGAGCAUGUUAUGUGGAUAUUGCAGGGGACAUGGUCAAUGCUAAAGUGGACAGGAGCAGUGUCAGAGUUGUGUCCUGCUGUCCAACUCCACCAGUGAGUUUGGCUGACCAUGGUGCAAUCACUGAAGCCAUCUCUGUCUUUAAGGCAGCUAAGAGACCCUUAGUCAUCAUUGGCAAAGGAGCAGCCUAUGGCCGAGCAGAAACUGCUCUGAAGGAGUUUGUGGAAAUGAGCGGCCUGCCAUUUCUGCCCACCCCCAUGGGGAAAGGGGUCCUACCUGAUGAUCACCCCAACUGUGUGGCUGCUGCCCGCUCGAGAGCUCUUCUCCAGGCUGACCUUGUGCUUCUGCUUGGAGCCAGGCUGAAUUGGAUCCUGCAUUUUGGUCUGCCACCAAGAUUUGACCCUGAUGUCAACAUCAUCCAGGUUGACCUUUGUGCCGAGGAGAUAGGGAACAAUGUGAGGCCUGCUGUUGCUCUCCUAGGAGACAUCAAUGCUACUGUCACUCAGCUCCUGGAGUGCGUUCGUAAAGAUGGCUGGAAAUAUCCCUCUGAUACAGAAUGGUGGAGCACACUGAAAGACAAAAUUGCUGCUAAUGCAAAAAUAUCAAAGGCACUCGCUCUUCAGUCAGCGGUGCCCAUGAACUACUACACAGUGUUUCAUCACGUUUCCCAGUUGCUGCCACAUGACUGUAUUAUUGUCAGCGAGGGUGCAAACACUAUGGACAUAGGUCGCACUAUGUUGAACAACUACCUCCCUCGACACAGGUUGGAUGCUGGUACAUUUGGAACAAUGGGAGUAGGCCUUGGUUUUGCUAUAGCAGCAGCUGCUGUGGAGAGGAGUGAGAAUAAAGGCCAAAGGAUAGUCUGUGUGGAAGGAGACAGUGCCUUUGGAUUCUCUGGCAUGGAGGUUGAAACCAUGUGCAGGUAUAAUCUACCCGUGGUCAUCAUUGUGGUCAAUAAUAAUGGUAUUUACAGCGGAGUGGAUCCUGUGACGUGGAAAGAAAUGGCAAAAAUGGGAGAUCUGACCUCUAUAGCCCCUCCUGUGACCCUCCUACCUGAGGCACGCUAUGAUGAGGUUAUGACAGCGUUUGGAGGUCGAGGGUUCCUGGUGAGGACGGUGGAGGAGCUGCGCAGUGCUUUACAGCUUAGCUUGAGUGACUGGGAGAGACCAAGUCUCCUAAAUGUGCUUAUCGACCCUUCCUCAGACAGAAAACAGCAGGAGUUCCCGUGGCUCACACGCUCCAACUUAUAGACUAAAGGACAUUAUCAAAACAGCAGUGACAGUUUUCCUCGGGGAAACUUAAACUCAAAUAAAAAGCUGCUUUUGUUUUUAUUAUUAUUAUUAUUAUUAUUAUUAUUAUUAUUAUUAAUAUUUUUUAUUGAUUCUUAAUACAGUUAUACAUUUAUUGUAUUAAAAUUAACAAAAUAAUUAAUAAAACAAUAAAACACUUUUACACAUA